AAAAUAUAAACAAUAUAAUGGACUGUUAUUCGAUUCUAAUAUAAUGUAGUAUUUUGUUGUUUUGUUAAACUAAUUACAAUAUUAGUAUUCUUUCAAUAUUCUUCUAAAAUUUUACGAAAUUCCUUUGUUCAUUAAAGUUAUUCUUUAUUUUAAUAAUUGUUAAAUCUAAAAAAUGUGUUCAAUGUUUUAAUUCCACACCUGUUUUGUUUUAAAAGUUGAUGAAUAAUGUCAAACACGAAUCCUAAGUUUUCCACUCUGGAUGAUAUACUUGUCAGGCUGUUGUCGUUUGAUUUCUAUAGAGAUUUGAUCCAGGAUGGGAACGAUAACCUUAAGUUAAUCCAGAAGAGAAUAAAGUGGCACUCACCUCUAAAGCCUCUGCCUUCGCAAAUCACUAAUGUUGAAGAUUAUCACACAUCUUUCUUCUCUUUGUUCAUGGUAGAAUGCCUUGAGAUACUAACGCAGUCAAAGUAUAAUGAUCUCACACUACCAGUGGUAGUUGAGCCGAUAUCAUGUAACAUCUCUGGAGUUUUCGGUUCAGUCACUUUUACCCUUAGCCAACCACUUCUGGAUUUCUCGGCUGGAGAUUUAGUGUUCUUGCAUAUCUCAAAACCUAAUUUUGUUAAUCUCAAAAGAGACAUUAAUAGUAAAUUCAUUAAUCACAACGGUGAUUCAACUAAAUCAGUGUUAACUGAGAUGAGUCUGUCACAUCCAAUAUAUGAAGAUAACUUGAAACACUGUUUGGGAUAUGUAAUAUCAAUUAUGAAGAAUAGAAUUUUGGUAAAAAUACUUCUACUUCCGCCAAAAUUUGCAACACCAGAGACUUUUGAUGAUAGGGAUUUGGACAGGGUCAAGGCGAUUCAACAACAGCUGAGUUCAAUUCUUUCAACUCACAAGCCAAUUGGUAACUCAACAAUAAAGAAUGCAUCUGAGGAGUGGCAUAUAUCAAAGCUGAUAUCACUAACUACGAUUAUGAGAGAAUUUAAGGGGCUUUGUAUGCUAGAGCAUAUGCCCCUCAAAGAAUAUCUACUAACAAAAGUUCCGGAAAAUAAGGACUCUCAAGACCCAGAUACCUGUAAGGAACUUGUUCUUGAUUUUGAGAUCCCGAAACAGUUGAAGAAAACUAUAGAGUCAAACUAUAACUCAGGGCAACUCUCAGCUCUGUCAAACAGCUUAAAGAACACAGGCAUAUCACUGAUUCAGGGACCACCAGGGACGGGCAAGACCACAACCAUCAUGGGCAUAGUUAGCGUUAUUUUAUACUCUUCACUUCCGUCAAAUAAGAAGAAAAACAUUAAAGAAUCGCAGAAGAGACUUGUCACAAAGUCGAAUUUCAGAAAAAAGAAUUUUUGGUUUUUUGGUGAUGAAAAUGAUGUUGAGGAUAAAAUUACAUUUGAUGAGCUUCAAUCUGAUGAAAACUACGACUACUGCUCAAUUACAGACCACAAUAUAUUUGACUGCUUCAAUAAGAAGAAUAGUAAAAACAACGAGAACAAAAUACACAUCGGUUCAGAGAAACAGAGUAAUAAGAGAAUAUUAAUUUGUGCACCAUCGAAUGCAGCAAUUGAUGAGAUAGUAAAGAGACUUGUGAGCCCUGACGGAGGGAUUUUUGACGCGAAUGGAAACAGAUACAACCCAACGGUUACUCGCGUUGGACCUAAUUUUAACGAAGAUUUGAGGGAAUAUAGUCUUCAGACUAAAGUUAAAAACUGGGACUCGAAAAAUAAUUUAUCCACCAUUAGAGGAGAUAGAAGUAACACGAUAAAGAAGCCAACAAUCAUAAUGGACAUACUUUUGAAUAGUGAAGUGGUGUGUUCAACACUUUCAGGAUGUGGUUCUAAGGAGUUACACGGCCUACUAAACUGUUUUGAUACCUUAAUUGUUGAUGAAGCCACACAAGCAGUGGAGCUGUCUACUCUGAUUCCAUUUAAUCUGGGCUGUAAAAGAGCAAUACUGGUUGGAGACCCAUGCCAGCUCUCAGCGACAGUUUGUUCCAAGGUAGCAAUUCAGUUAAAUUAUGACCAGUCUCUUUUCAAGAGACUCCAGCUAUGUGGAUACCCAGUAAACUUCCUGAAACUACAGUACCGUAUGGACCCACUGAUAACCAGGUUCCCAUCAAUGUAUUUCUAUCAAAACCAGCUAAUAAACGCUAAAGAAACAACAAGUGCGCCUGAAGAGGACUGGAGACAGUUCCCACUCCUUAGACCCACGGUGUUCUUUGCACUUGACUCACAGGAGUCCAUGAGUGACACUUCAUACGUGAAUGAGAUGGAGGUUGACCUGGUGUGCCAGCUCCUAGACAUCAUUGUGGAGAUUUUCUCCAGUAUUCCAGGCAUCACUGAGGAGGAAAUCUCCAAGAAAAUCGCAGUAAUUAGUCCAUACGCAGCGCAGGCUGAGAUUUUAAAGAACACGAUAUCGCAAAGGAUUAAAAUCCUUCCGACACUCGCCUCACAGUUCAGGGCACUUGCAGGAGCAAAGACGCAUCAAAUAUACGUUAGCACAGUGGAUGGGUUCCAGGGAAUGGAAAAGGAGAUUAUUAUCUUUAGUGCUGUAAGGACUAACUAUGUAGGGAACAGAAAAGCUAGGAAUUCCAGGAUUGAGGAUCUCACCUCACGGUCAAUACUGACUAUAAAUUCUGAGCCUCAUGACCCCAGGGAAGCUAAGAAGUUUUCAAAGCUCACUGACGAAUACUUGAGGAAUAUUAGUGAGAAUACUCCAGACUUGACCACCAAUGUUAUUGAUGCUUCAUUUAUAGCAGACAGGAGAAGGAUUAAUGUGGCAAUCACCAGAGCCUGCAGUAAUUUGUUUAUAGUUGGAAAUCCUAGGUACUUGCUGGAUCACAAGCAUUGGUCAGCACUCUAUAACCACUACGCUAAAACAGGGUCAAUUUUUAUUUGCAAGACUGUAAACAACUCUUUGGACCCUAAAUUUCUGAGGAACUGGUCCCGAGAGUAUCUAAGUCGUUCCCCGUAUAAAAAGUUGCUGAAGAACAAAUACCUUAAAGAUUUUGUAACUAAAUUAGUCUCUUAA